GGCUCCAUCCUCAGUGAGGGGCGUGCAGGAGGCAGCUGAUCCGUCAUUCUCUCUCAUCAUUGGUGUUUAUCUCUCUCCCUCUCCCUGCCUCUCAAUCAAUAAGAAUAUACAUAUUUUCAAAAGUGACUUCCAGAAUGUUGUGUGAGCUGCAUGUCCCCACGUGCACGGUCUCCACGGUGCCCGUGACGCCCCCCGUGCUGGUGGGCACGGUCUCCAUGGUGCCCAUGAAGCCGCCCGUGCGGGUGGGCGCGGUCUCCACGGUGCCCGUGAAGCCGCCCGUGCUGGUGGGCGCGGUCUCCACGGUGCCCGUGAAGCCCCCCGUGCUGGUGGGCGCGGUCUCCACGGUGCCCGUGAAGCCCCCCGUGCUGGUGGGCGCGGUCUCCACGGUGCCCGUGAAGCCCCCCGUGCUGGUGGGCGCGGUCUCCACGGUGCCCGUGAAGCCCCCCGUGCUGGUGGGCGCGGUCUCCACGGUGCCCGUGAAGCCCCCCGUGCUGGUGGGCGCGGUCUCCACGGUGCCCGUGAAGCCCCCCGUGCUGGUGGGCGCGGUCUCCACGGUGCCCGUGAAGCCCCCCGUGCUGGUGGGCGCGGUCUCCACGGUGCCCGUGAAGCCCCCCGUGCUGGUGGGCGCGGUCUCCACGGUGCCCGUGAAGCCCCCCGUGCUGGUGGGCGCGGUCUCCACGGUGCCCGUGAAGCCCCCCGUGCUGGUGGGCACGGUCGGUGUCUGCACCGCCAGGGCGUUGGCCUCUGACAGUCUGAAAUGUGGUUGAUGAGGCAGGAACUGAAGUUUCCGUUUUGUUUAAAUUUAAUUUAUUUUCACUGAAAUAGCCACAGGAGGCGGUAGCCUGGGUUCCUCAGUCAUGUCGUGAAGGGGAGGCUGUGAGCACUGGGCAGGACCUCGAGGCCGCUUGUGCACCGGAGGCGUGGGAUCGGCUGCAGGCCACGCAGCCAGUUCAUGGCCACAGUGAGAGGAGGAGCCGCCUGCUCUCCCCUCCACGCCUCUCCCCUCCCCCCCUGCCCUCUCCCUUCUGCCCUUCUCUCCUUUCAGGGGCCCCAAGUCUCCCGCGCAGACCCACACGCAGCCCGCCCCCGACCUCCCGAGUGGCCGACCCAGGGCGGCUCCAGGCUCUCCUGUGACGGGCAGUGCCCGGGCCCGGAGGUCAGUGCCCGCUGUGCGUGCAAGGUCUGCUCUGGCCCCGUGGGCACCGGGCUUGGGCCCAGCACCCUCAGGAGAUGCCAGUGGCAGGAUGUGUGGGCCCUCUGGUCCUGCCCAUUAAUAGCCCAGCCCAGGGGACGGUGAACUCGGGGCUGCCAGCCAGACCACGGCGUGGCCCCUGCCCGUGCCCCUGCCGCAGCCCAUGCUCCCGAGGGCGCGCCUCCGGGCUGGGGCUCCGCUGCCUCUGGUCGCUGCCCCUGGGCUCUCGGCCGUUGCCACUCUGGCUGCUGGGCUGUUGGUCGGCAGAUCUGCGCUCCACUCAAGUCAGGCGACGUCCUCUGUGCUCGCCCACGCACACGGAGCACUGUGGUCCUUUCCAUUCUGCAGCAGCUGGGAAAUGGUCACUUGUCCCCGAUGCCGAGGAGGGUGCGAUGCAGGUGACCCCGACCCGCAGCCUCCAGCCUGAGCAUGGACACAUGUAACCAGCCUCCAGCCUGCGCAUGGACACGUAACCAGCCUCCAGCCUGCGCAUGGACACAUGUAACCAGCCUCCAGCCUGCACAUGGACACAUGUAACCAGCCUCCAGCCUGCGCAUUGACAUGUAACCAGCCUCCAGCCUGCGCAUGGACACGUAACCAGCCUCCAGCCUGCGCAUGGACACAUGUAACCAGCCUCCAGCCUGCCCAUGGACACAUGUAACCAGCCUCCAGCCUGCGCAUUGACAUGUAACCAGCCUCCAGCCUGCGCAUGGACACAUGUAACCAGCCUCCAGCCUGCGCAUGGACACAUGUAACCAGCCUUCAGCCUGCACAUGGACACAUGUAACCAGCCUUCAGCCUGCGCAUGGACAUGUAACCAGCCUCCAGUCUGCGCAUGGACACAUGUAACCAGCCUCCAGCCUGUGCAUGGACACAUGUAACCAGCCUUCAGCCUGCGCAUGGACACAUGUAACCAGCCUUCAGCCUGUGCAUGGACACAUGUAACCAGCCUCCAGCCUGCGCAUGGACACAUGUAACCAGCCUCCAGCCUGCGCAUGGACACAUGUAACCAGCCUUCAGCCUGCGCAUGGACACAUGUAACCAGCCUUCAGCCUGCGCAUGGACACAUGUAACCAGCCUCCAGCCUGCGCAUGGACACAUGUAACCAGCCUCCAGCCUGCGCAUGGACACAUGUAACCAGCCUCCAGCCUGCGCAUGGACACAUGUAACCAGCCUCCAGCCUGCGCAUGGACACAUGUAACCAGCCUCCAGCCUGCGCAUGGACACAUGUAACCAGCCUCCAGCCUGCGCAUGGACACAUGUAACCAGCCUCCAGCCUGCGCAUGGACACAUGUAAGCAGGCUUCCUGUCACCGUCUGCAAAGCAGGCUCGUGGUCACGCGUGACGAGAGGCUCGGCUCUUUGUCACGGCAGAAGAUGCAGAAAUGCUACUUGGUCAGCGUCCUGGGAGGAACCACCCAUAUCUUAAGCCAAAUCAUCUUCAUAGCGAUUCCAUUAUUUCAUAAUCCGUGACGAGGCAUUUAGAGCCGGCAGCGAGGUGAGCUCUGCGUGCGUAUGGUCAGGGUGACUGUGCCUCGCCCGGCAGCCCUGGCUCUCUGCCCACCUGUGGUUGUGGGUGGGGCUGAUUAGCAUGAUGUCAAAACACCUAAACCUGCCUGGCCAGUGGCUCCGUUGGUUGGGCGUUGUCCUCGCACCAAACGGUCACGGGUUCAAUUCCCGGUCAGGACACAUGCUCGGGCUGUGGGUUCAAUAUCUGGUCGGGUACGUAUGGGAGGCAAUCCAUCGAUGUUUGUUUUCUACUCAUUUUUUUCCUUCUAUUUUCUUUGGGUUACAUCUGUUGUUCUGUUUUCUUGUUUUUUGAGAUUAAUACGUAAAUUAUUGAUUUUCAGUCUUUUCCCCCAAUGUAAUGCAUAUAAUGCUAUAAAUUUUCCUCUAAGUAUGGCUUUUGCUGCAUCUUAUAGCUUUAAUGUGUCAUAUCUUCAUUAUCUUUCACUUCAAGAUAUUUUCUGAUUUCCAUUGUAAUUUCUUCUUUGAAUUCUUUAUAAAUGCAUUGCUUUCUUGCAAACAUUGGGGGAUAUUCUAGUCACCUUUUAUGUUAUUGAUUCCUAGUGUCAUUCCAGCGUGUGAUCAGAAAACACUCUAUCUCAGCCCCUUGACACUCUUUCAGAUUUGCUUCAUGGCGCCACAGAGAGCCAGUGUCGAUUGCCUGGAGGAGAGGGGCAGGCUCGGUGGUUGGGUGUAGCACGUCCUGUACUUCCAGUUAGCCGGGUUCCUUGGUGGUUGCAUUGUUCGUGUCAUCGUCACCUUCCCAAGUUACGUCUUGUCUAGCUCUUGCUGAGAGGAGUGUUAACAGUUCAGCUGUGACGGAUGGAUUUCUCCUUUCUGACCUGUCACCGCCUACACCAUAUUGUUAGGUACAUGCAGUUUCAGAAUACCUCUCGGGCCAAGUGGAGCUCCCGUCGUUACUAAAUGCCCCGCUUUGCUGCGAGGAAUGCCUCUCGUCUCAGCGUCUGUCUGCGCGGUGUGAGACAGCACUCUGCUUCCUUCUGAUGAGUAUUCAUGUGGUGUAGCUUGUCCUGUUCUGCUUUUUGUCAUCUCAGUGUUUUCCUAUUUGUCCCACUAAUUUUAUAUUCCUUUUUCGUCCUUUCUUGACUUCUUUUGAGGCAAUUAUCACUUUCUCAUUGUUUCAUUGUUCCACUCUGCUAGUGUGCUUGCUGCACGCGCCUUGGCUGCUCUGUGAGGGCCAUUCUAGGGAUCGCAGUGUCACCUGGGCCCACUCAGGUCUCAUAGAAACGACAGAGCAGAAGUAAUAUCUCAGCACAUGCUGCUUCUGGAGCGCGUGCAUUAUCAUUCUGCAAACGCCUUUGGUCUGCAGCUGUCUGUCUAGCCAACUGUCUGUCCAUCAGGCACUAAAGACCGAGGGCUGUUAAUGUGAUAAUCACCCAAGUGGCUGAAAAGGAACCAGAGAGCACAGUGCCUGUAAAAACUGAAAGCCUUGCCCUCUCAGCACACACAGGCGCGGCCAGUAACUGCCUGUCAGGCACGGCCCGCAGACACCCGGCCGCCUCCGCUUUCAUUGCUGAGGCCACACGCUCCCUGGGGUCGGGGGUCCGUGUGCAUCUGGUCGUGGAUUCAUGAUGCUCUUCUGAGCCUAGUGAUGGAAGUCAGACUGAGACAGUGCCGGGUUAUUUCAGAAACACCACCGGCGGGCGGGCGGGCGGGCGGUCCAUGCUGCUGCCGCGGGGAGAGGAAGCCCGGCUGUGACUCCUGUGCACCUGUAGGCGCAUGGUCCUGAGCAACAAGCAGGGUACGAGCUCCUCGGUCUUCACCCCUUUGGACUGACGUCCUUCACCUUUCCCUGCCCGUCCCCAGUUCCCCCCUCACCCCGCGAUGUGAUGGAAGCCUUCAUAGGUGUUCCCAUCAGCAGAUCCUGUUCUGUGGGCCUGACAUUCCCGCUGCCGUCAGUAGGGGGCGCUUGGUAAAAGAGCCUUUCACAAGGGGCUGUACUGAGGACUCAUCCACAAGAACAGACUAUAAUCAGGAAGAUUCAUUCAUCCGACAAAGUUCAGGUUUUUAACCCGCGUGGCACCUGCUUUCUUGGUUUGGGAGGAGCCUUGGGGGGAGCCUCCGGUGAUGGACGGCUUCUUUCCUGCGUUAUUUGCGCCGAUAAAUUCAUUCUGAAUGAGACGUUUCGGAUAUUUCUAGCUCACUGAGUUUCUGAUUUCAUUUUUGUUUCUUAAGAUCGUCUGAGGGCUAGGAAGGGAUAUUAAUAGGGAUUAUUUGAAAUAAGGUAUGAGAUUUUUCUGCCUCUAGAAUAUGGGCAACAGUUAAAGUCAGCAAAGCACCCCGGAUGGCGCUCGCACACUGUCCCUGGCUGUCCCUCCUCAGUGGGAGCUCUGGGAGAAGUUGUGUAUGCGUGUGUGUGCACAAACGUGUGUGUAUGCAUGCGUGUGCUUGGUAUGCCCGUGUGCGUGCAUGUGUGUGUGGUUUGUUUUCAAUGGCCAGCCUCGGGCCUCUGCAGUGGCUGCCCUGGUCACGGAAUGGGUAGACUCUGGUGAGAUUUAUCAGCCAAUGGAGAUUCAGAGCGAAGCGGAGGCUCCACGUCUGGGUUUGCUGGGGCGAACGACACCAGCGCACCACAGACCGGGCGGCGGGAACAGCGCCCUUACUCUCCCACAGCCCGAAGGCGAAGGAGGCCAGGGUGCCCCGGCGCAGUCUCUCCGCAGCCUCUUUCCAGGGCUUGCAGGCGGCCACCCUCUUGCCGUGUCCUCGUGUGGUCUUCCCUCCGUGUGCACGCCUCUGAAUUCCCAUUUUUGUCCUAAUCUCUCUGAUGAAUUGGGCCCCCUGAAAGGCCUCUUUUUAAGUUAAUGCCCUCUAAAGGCCCCAUCUCCACAAUAGUCACCUUGGGAAGAACGGGUUAGGACUUCCUCCUCAUGUCCUGGGGCCCAGUGCAGCCUGCCGCACUGUCGGGUAAUUCUAGCCCCAGUGGAAACAGGCGGUGGCGGUUACGGGGCCGGGCUGUGGGCAGAAUGGGGAAGUGCUGGUCAGACGGGUGCACUUUCAGUUAUGAGAUGAGUUACUUCACAAGGAGACUGCAGUGCACAGCAUGGCGACUGGAGUUAGUGAUACUGUAUCACGUGCUUGACAUUUAAAAUAGUACUUUUGUAUUGAUUCCUAAGAGGAAGGGAGAGGGAGGGAGAGACAGAAACAUCAGUGAUGAGAGGGAAUCACGGACCGGCUGCCUCCUGCACGCCCCCUACCAACGAUCAAGCCCACAACCCGGGCCUGUGCCCUGACCGGGAAUCGACCCGUGACCUCCUGGUUCCUAGGUCAACACUCAACCAUGAGCCACACGACUGGGCUGUACUUGACAUUUGCUGAGAGUAGAUUUAAGUGUUCUCACCACACACACACACACAGGGGGUAAGUGUGUGAGGUGAUAUAUUGAUGAGCUUGAUCAGUGAUUAUUUCACUGCAUAUAACUCAUCAUGUCCAUCUUAAAUAUAUUUUAUUCGUCAGUCAGACCCCAAUACAGCUGGGGAGGGGUUACCUACAAGACUUUAUUAGCACGGUGGUUCCUGAAACAAGCAGCGGGUUGUUCUCUCUUUCAUACGACGACUCGGCCAGAUUCCAACGUGUGUGGGUGGGACAGGGGGUCCCCACACCAUCAAUUCUCGGACACCAGCUGGUCCUGCGGUUCAUCUCAAUUCUCACACUGUCCACCUGGAGAUAACACCAGAGCCCAAGCAGGUAAGGGCUUAGUCCUACAAGACUGCCCCCACCACACACACGCACACGCACACACACGCACACGCACACACACCAGGUGCAAGUCCACGCAGGCCGGGGCGGUGGGCCUGCUCAGGUUCCUUUGCAUUUGUGUCCUCAUCGGUGAUACGAUGCCACCUCAGAGGGGCGUCCUGGGGCCAGGGCAGGGACGUGUGGUCACGGAGCCGUCCGCGAACGCGCGUGUCAGUGGCCUGUGUCAGUGAGGGCGCCACCUGUCCCUCCUGCUGGCCACCUCUCUGUGUGAGCGCCUCAGGCGCCUCCCUCACCGGCCCCCCUCACCUCCAGCCCGGUUCCGG